AUGGAUAUCUUGGAGACUGACGCUUUCUACCGCAGGCAGAGGAGAAAUAUGUCUUGUUCUCUGUUUGUACACCUGGUGCCGUUCUUUCUGGCCACCGCUGCAUAUUUUUACGUAUGGACACCGGCGUCUGUGGGGUCGACCAUGGCUGCGGGGGUCAAAUCGGCUCCUGCGCUCCUAUUGGCUGCGGUGGUCCUGAUCUGGAACGGGCCGCAGAGUUUGCUGGGUGUGGCUGGGGGUCUGCUCUGCUCCGCUCUGGGGGACUUCUGCCUCGUUUGGCCCGAGCAGCUCUUUAUUCACGGCAUGGCUGCCUUCGCUGCGGCCCACCUCCUAUACUCCCUGACCUUCCUCUCAACGCGCUACAGCUCCGACUCCUCCUCCAAGUGGCCUCGCGUCUUUUACCCCGUCUUGUUCCUGACGGGAGGGUCUUUCUACUUCUACUUGUACCCGUACCUACAGAAGGCCCCCGACUCGGAGCUGCUGGUGCCGGGGGUGGGGCUGUACAUCCUGCUGAUCACCCUGAUGGGCAGCCUGGCAGUGCGCACACGGAGCCUGAUCACGGUGCUGGGGAGUCUGGUCUUCAUGGUGUCGGACGUGACGCUGGCCGUGCAGGUGUUCAAGGCGGCGGUGAUAGAAAACGGGACAGUCGUCGUCAUGGUGACCUACUAUUUAUCUCAGCUGCUGAUUGCUGUGGGCGAUGUGAAGACAGUGGAGAGCAACGACGACUUCUCCAAAUGGAAGCGGGCCUAA